AAAAAUUUAUUAAUAUAUUAAAUCUUUAAAAUUAUUAGGCUAUACCAACAGGUCCAACACGCCGCCGCCAAGCUAAACUCUCACACUCUCACACGCCUCUCCUCAUCGCCUGAGCGCAAUGGCCGCCGCCAGAAAGAUGAGAGCAUUUAAACGGUGGAUGAAGGAUCAAGGCAUUGAGUGGAGCGACGCCCUUCUCUUCGCAACCGCCACCGACUCCUCGCAAUCGCCGCCAAUCUCCGUGGAGGCUUUGAGCGAUUUGAAGGAGGGCGACGUCGUGGCGAAGAUCCCUAAGCACAGCUGCCUCACCGUCAGGACUUCCGCCGCCAGCGAACUCAUCGAGGAGGCGGAGCUCGGCGGCAAUUUGGGCCUCUGCUUUGCCCUAAUGUACGAGAAGAUCCUCGGCGCCGAAUCGAAGUGGUUCGAGUACUUAAAGAUGCUGCCUACUUUCGAGCCCAUUCCGCUGCUCUGGUCACUCUCUGAAAUCGACUCUCUCCUCGCCGGCACGGAGCUGCAUAAGACAGUUAAAGAAGACAAGGCUCUGGUCUAUGAAGACUGGAAGGAAUGCAUACAACCCGUUUUUGAUUUGGAAUCUUUUAAGCUAAACCCGGAACUUUUCACUGUCGAUGAAUACUUUGCUGCAAAGAGUCUAGUUGCUUCCCGGGCAUUUCAGGUCGAUGAGUACCACGGUUAUGGGAUGGUCCCUUUAGCUGAUCUGUUUAAUCACAAGACAGCUGCUGAGGAUGUACAUAUAACAACUGAAUCUGAUAAUGACACUGACACUGAAAAGGAGGGUACUGAGUCUACUGACCAUGAAAAUGAUGGAGAUCACGAGCCCGUAACUCAUGAUUCUCAUUCAGAAGGAGGAUGUUUAAGUGGGAGUGACCUGGAACUUUCUUCGGGUUUAGGGGAUGAGUCUCCCUUCCUGGAAAUUAUCAUGAUUAAAGAUGUCAAAGCGGGAGCUGAGGUGUUCAAUACAUACGGACAUUUGGGCAAUGCAGCCCUUCUGCAUAGAUAUGGAUUCACAGAAGCUGAUAAUCCGUUUGAUAUUCUGAACAUCGACUUAGACAUUGUAGUCCAGUGGAGCUUAUCUUUGUUUUCAUGUCGUCAAAGUAAAAGAAGGUUGUCAAUCUGGACAAAGCUGGGGUACUCAGGAUGUGUCAGUGAAGAUUCCGAAUACUUUGAAAUCUCAUGUGAUGGGGAGCCUCAAGAUGAGCUGUUGGUUUUACUCUACAUAAUGUUGUUGCCCGAGGAUGAAUUUCAUGCACUUGAUCUAGCUGUGUCAGAUACAGGAGGAGAGGUAAAAGUAGCAGCAAACUUCCGGUUGUUGGAGAAGGAGAGCGUUCUGUGUAGCAAAGACUCCGAAGCGAGCAAGAAAUUGUUGCUGACACCGAGUGUAGGCGUGGCUCUUUGUUCCCUUGCUGAUGCUAGAGAAAGUCUCUACGGUCCGAAUUCUUUGGAAGAAGAUGUGAAAUCGUGUAAUAGGUGUUGUCGUGCAACUGAAGGCAAAUCGUAUCAUUCAUUGAUGCUGCGUAUUAGUGAGAGGAGGAUAAUUGAGAAACUCAGACGUUAUUCUGCAACUCUGGUAGCCGCUAAUGGAAGAAAGAGGAAAGGAACGGAGAUAGAAUAAUGCAGCAAAUAGAAGUAGCUGAAAGCAGAGUCAUUGCUUCAUGUUUAUUUAUUUAUGCCCAAAAAACUGGCAGUUUCUUGAGAUGUUGUUUCUUCUCUUUAUCAUUUUUUGACACAACCAUUUUGUGUGUUAGUUGCAUCUCUCUCUCAUGAAAAACUAUAGUGUUGGACGUUUUACAUAAGAAAAGGACUCGGAUUGGUAUUAGAAA